AUGUUCAAGGAGGUGGCUGUGUGUUUCUCGGAGGAGAAGUGGGUGUUGCUGGAUCUGGACCAGAGGGGUCUGCAUGGGGAAGUCAUGGAGCAAAAUUACAGGAUCGUGGCCUCUCUGGGGACGUCAUUUCCUGUCCUGCCCCCUGCCGCCGCCGCCGCCGCCGCCGCCGCCCCCCCCUCCCGCUACUACGAGGAUCUGGUGGAGAGGUGGAUGGAUGCGGGCAGCUUCAUCCCUGGGGCAGUGGAGGCCCUGCUGGAUCCCACACAAAAGCUCCUCUUCAGAUGGACCAUGCAGCAGAUGGAUGGAAGUACCUUUUCUCCAGACACCAGGAAGAUGUCGGCAACGUGUCUCAGGUCUUCUCCUCUUUGUGGUGCAGUGGAAGGAGAUGCUCUGCACCUAGCUCAGGGUCUGGUGACCUUCGAGGAGGUGGCUGUGUGUUUCUCGGAGGAGGAGUGGGUGCUGCUGGAUCUGGACCAGAGAGCUCUACACAGGGAAGUCAUGGAGCAGAAUUACGGGAUCGUGGUCUCUCUGGCAAGGGAUGUUUGGGAGAUGGCAUAUGAAAGAGAAGCACAUGAAGUGAUGAAGGAAAACAGAAAGGGUCCAGAUGUGGAGAAGAAAGCUAGACAUCCAGAGGGAAUGAAGAAACAGGGAAGCAACCAAGGAAAGGUGGAGAGGAAUGAAGCCACUGCUUUUCUGGAUGGUGACUUCCAUGAAAUUCCCGUCCAUCCAAAAAUUCACAAAGAGACAAAGAAUGAAUGUGUUGUAUGUGGGAAAAUAUUUGCUUAUAAAUCGACCCUAACUAAUCAUUGGAAAACCCACACAGGGGAGAAAUCACAUAAAUGUACAGAGUGUGGGAAAAGCUUCAGUCAGAGCUCAAGCCUUAGUUUACAUCAAAGAAUCCACACAGGGGUGAGACCAUUUGAAUGUGUGGCAUGUGGAAAGAGCUUCAGUCAGAAGGAUAAACUUAUUUUGCAUCGAAGAAUACACACUGGAGAGAAACCAUUUAAAUGCCUGGAAUGUGGAAAGAACUUUAGCAGGAAGAGUACACUUACUUUGCACCAAAGAAUUCAUACAGGGGAGAAACCAUAUAAAUGCCUGGAGUGUGGAAAGAGCUUCAGACGCAGCUCAAGCCUCACUUUCCAUCAAAGCAUACACACAGGAGAGGAACCAUAUGAGUGUUUAGAGUGUGGAAAGCACUUCAGGUGGAGUGGAUACUUUAUUUCACAUCAAAGAACCCACAAAGAGGAGAAGAAGCUUGAAUGUCUGGAUUGUGGGAAAAGCUUUAGUCAGUCUUCAAGCCUUAGUUUACAUCAAAGAAUCCACACUGGAGAGAAACCAUUUAAAUGCCUGGAGUGUGGAAAGAGCUUCAGUCAGAAGGAUAAACUUAUUUUACACCAAAGAAUACACACAGGAGAAAAACCAUUUGCAUGUCUAGAAUGUGGAAAGAGUUUCAGUCGGAGAGAUACACUUAAUUUGCACCAAAGAAUUCACACAGGCGAGAGACCGUAUACGUGCUUGGAAUGUGGAAAAAGCUUCAGACUCAGCUCAAGUCUUACCUUACAUCAAAGAAUACACACAGGGGAGGAACCGUAUGAAUGUCUGGAGUGUGGAAAACACUUCAGGUGGCGUGGAUACUUCAACUCACAUCAGAGAACUCACAGAGAGGAAGAACAAAUAACAUGCCUGGAGUGUGGAAAGAGUUUCACUCAGAAUGCAUCUCUUGCUUUACAUCAAAGAAUACAUACAGGCGAGAAACCAUAUGAAUGUCCAGACUGUGGAAAAUGUUUCCGUGUGAGCAGUAGUCUUAAUUCACAUCAAAGAACCCAUACGGGAGAGAAACCAUUUAAGUGUCUGGAUUGUGGGAGGAGCUUCAGCCGAAUGAAUAAUCUUACUUCACAUAGCAGAAUCCACACAGGAGAAAAACCAUUUAAAUGUCUGGAGUGUGGAAGGUGCUUCAGCUGGAGGAAUAAUUUUACUUCACAUCAAAGAACCCACACAGGGGAGAAACUGUAAGCAUGUAGAAUGUUUUGAGUGUGGAAAGAGCUUUAGUUGAAGUUAAACAUUUAUAUAUAUUUUAAAAAAUUCUGUAGCAGGGACAACCCAUUUGAAAGUGUGGAGUAUGGAAAGAACACUUUUGAAAUUGAAGACUUAAUGUCCCUUUCUCUUACAUCCAGUAAGGCAAUUAAAGAGGAAACACCAGAUGCA